AUGGAAAAAGAAAGUGCACCGGGAGAAUCAUUACAUUUGCUGCCAGUGCUAUCAUCAUCAUCUUCAUCAUCACCUAUGACAACAUCAACCAAACGCAUGAAUUUCAAAACGGAAUCGAUCGAACUUUCAAAAGUCUUUAAUACAAGCAACCCAGGCAUUGCGCAUUUGCCUAUCGAUCAAGCAUCACAACUAGCAGCAGCACCGGCAGUGCAAUUCUCAGAAACGUUAGCAUUGGAUGUACAUUCCGGAGAGAGCACGUCGCAGCUUUAUGCAUCAUACUUGGCAGCUUCAGCAACAUUACAACAAACAAAACUACAACAACAGUAUUUACCAGGAAAAGAGAAUCAACGAAAUACCGAAGGUGAACAACGUGUUGCUGCAAAAAGUAUGUUUGGUUCAUUGUCGCGUUUGGCUGGUGACGCACUCAAGGGAGCGAAACAAGCUACUGAGCAACUUGCGCAAGUUGCUCAGUAUGCUGCCUCUACUUCUGACUUAACAACGAUUACCAAGCCAAAACCUCCGCAAACGGUAAUGUCAUCACAUUCGAUAUCUCCAAAUGCAUCCUUUACUGAAAAUGAUUUAUUGUCUGGUUUGGGCGAUUUAUCAGAAGAAGAACGUCAAAAAAUCAUGGCGGUAAUGGCAAGCGCUGAAUUAGACACGGCAUCGACUAGUGUGUCUAGUUCAUCAGUUCCGGUCAAAAUAUCUGUUUCACGUACAUUGGAUUCAUUUUUCAAGAACGAGGAUCAAAGAGAUACCAAAGGUGGUUUUCCUGAGCAAUUAAUAGUGGAUUCUGUCUCAGUUAGUGAACUAGAAUCGAAGUCAUCUGCUACGACGAAGAUUUUCUCCGCAUCCUCAAACAUUAUGGGUGAAGUGGAUUUGUCAUGUUUGUCACCAGCUGAACGAAACCAAAUUAUUAGCGUAAUGAAAGCUGCUGAGUCCGAGGAAUCAAAUUUCAUCCCACCUGUAUUACCAUUGCUUCCAACAUCGGCGGCACCACUUUCAAUUCCUUCAAUCAAUGAUGAAUUUCACGAUAAUUUAGCGGAACUUUUGCCAGCCGAGAGAGACCAAAUUUUAGCCGUGAUGAAAGCCGCACAAGAAGAACAUUUCGAAGCUACUCACGCGAUUUCAUCUCAGCCUGUUUCCCAAAUUGAUACAUCAGGGGAAAAAGACGAAUGGCAAGAAGGUAAAAAUUCUGUUGGUGAUCGAGAGAUGGAGAAGCAUGAAGUCUUAACGAAAUUUGUGGAAUCCUCUACUUCAUCCUCCACCGGUGUCACACUACCUCAAAUCGAUAGUGAUUACACGAUAACUGAAGAUAGCAGCUGUGAUGUGGGUUUCAGGUAUCCAAGCAUUGUAUCGAGCAUUAUUACUGGGACUGAUAUCCUGGAAACAGAUACCCCAUCAGUACUUGAAAGUAGUGAUUAUGAUAGCGCUGAUUUUGAUUACACUUACGGAGAUGACCGAAGGUUUAUAUUUGAUGGUGCCAGUCAAAUGGAAGAUUAUCCGAAAGAAAAUCAUGAUGCAGACAGUGGUAUUGGAACUCUCGAUUGGUCCGAUCAGGGACAUUACGAAUGGACUGAACGGAAACCUCGAAUGUGGACAACAGUUUUUACCGAGGAAGAAGAGAAAAAUGACGUAAACAUGCAGAAACAUGGAAGAAGAGCAAAAGAUUAUAUGGAAACAGAUAUGAAAGCAACUGAUUUAUCUGAUUCAUCAUCACUGACUCAUCACCACAUUAACGUGAUUGCUGAUGAUUGUAAGGACACUGUUAAAGAAUCAAGUGAUACUACUGAAAAAAAUGCACUUAAAGUAAAUACAGUUCAGAAUAGUGAUGGAUGGCUUUUUACUAGUAAUGACAAUCUUUCUAAAAAGGCUUUAGAAUCGCAAACCUCUACUGCUCAAUAUGAGAUACUGCAAGCUGCGCACAUAAUGCGAAUUCCACCAGCAAUAACAGUAACUGAUCACGAUGACGGGAUCCGAAUAGCUGCUGAUGACGAUUCUGAUGCUGAAACAAGUCCAUCUUCUGAUGAAGAUGACUAUCCUGAUCAGGUAAUCGAAGUGCCCUCUGCACCGCUGAUAUCGUAUGACGAAGUGGAAAAAGAACAAGAACAACAAGAGGCAUUUGGUAAAGCUGUUUUGCAACAAAUACAGGCUUUUGGAGAAGUAGCAAAUGAUGAAUUUGAUGUUCAGUGGGUGCAUGAUAAUUUAAUUAGAAGUGAGGCGAUAAGUAAUAUCUUUGCACACGAUGAAAGUACGACACCAGCGAUUGCUUACGACGAGGUCCUAUUAUCAAUGGAAACUGAGCACACUAAUAAAGCAGCAAGUUUGAAUAAAACCACCUCUGAGAGGAAAAAUCCAUUCCUGGAUAUUGUUGACACUGAUAGUGCAUUAAAAAUCGUGGAAGAAAAUUCAUUGGAGGCUGAUGUUGAUUACACAGCUGCAGCUAGCUACUACAGCAGUCCAUCAUUUUUAAGUCAUAGACCUGGUUCCGUUUACACAAUUCCAGAGGAUAAAGAACAAGAUGAUGGAUUGGUCAAUACUGAUUCCAAGUUCUACGCAAAAGAAGUGGUUCGCAGAAUUCGCGCAGAACCAUCAAGUUUAAAAGCAGUUUCCAAGUCCACUGCGUUUAGUGAAACAGCAAAUGUGUUGAAUGUGAUUCCAACUUUGAGUCCUGCUCAGAAAGGCCGAGAUGUGACAACUACCGUUUACAGUGGUGACUACUAUAGUCAGUUACAAAAACGCCAGGAUGAGAUUUCAAAACAAACAUUGCUUCAUGAUACAGAAGCGAAUGUAUUAUCUCCUGCGGUUGAUGUGAACAGCUCUGAAACUUCAAGACAGUUGGAAAAUAUCACUACGUCUUGCUCAGUUUCACAGAAAGAGCCUACUUCAUCUUUGCUCUCCAAUGGUGUCUCAUUAUGCAGCAGUACUACGGUUUUUAACAUCUCACCACGUAUUAUAUCAACCAGUUUCGAUGGCAUCCAGAACGGACGGAUCGAUGAAAUGGAAAUCUCCACAAAUUUACCUAUCAGUAAAAGUGGUUCUGGAACUGAAGUAUUGAAAAUGAGUUCGGGAAUAACCCAUUUUUCGAAAAGUGAUGCAUUAUCAGAUUUAGUUUGUAGUGCCUCAAGUUUUCAAUGCAUGAUGAGGCCAUUCAAUUCAUCUUCCAAAGAAGAAUCUGCUUUGUUAUCAGAAACACUAGGAAUUGGAUUGGAUUCGAACGUUCCAACUGUAUCAUCCAAAUUUGAUACCGACUCGACAGCCACAAGACUAAAACGAUCACCAGCUAUGAUGUUAAUGGGUAGUCAACAGCUACACGCUGCUAACAUGUCUACAACUUCCGAAUUAUUGGCCACAACUUAUGUCCCAGCAUUGUUUUCACAGACUAUUCCAAAAGAGGUCAUUUAA